AUGGAUGUAUCGCUAAAGGACCCUUUUUGGGGCCCGCAAACAUCCUACUUAAACUUUUGUGAAGAGGACUAUGUCGUCACUCGCUAUGUGGCUGAAUUCAUCAACACCUGCAGCAGCCUCAUCUACAUCCUCUAUGGAAUCUACGGCCUGAGCCAGCUGCGAUCCAAGCCCACGGCAUCCUUCGCCCGGGCGAUCCCCUGGUUCGGUCUGAUGGGCGUGGGGAUCUGCUCGGCCGGGUACCAUAUGACCCUGAAAUACCACACGCAGAUGUCGGACGAGCUCUCGAUGCAUCUGUUGACCACGCCCCUCGUAUAUCGGGUCCUCACGUUCCAGGUGAGCCCGCAGUGGCGGCGUCUCAUCGGCAUCGCGCUCGCGCUUGAGUUCACCACCGUCAUGGUCGUCCACAUGGUCAUGGACGAGUUCCUGCUCCACGCCGUGACCUUCGGGGCGGGGGCGUUGCUCAUCGCGCGACGAACCAUGCAGAUCAUCUCGCAACAGAUCCCCAACCCCGCCAUCAAGCAGAAGACCCGCAACAUCGGGCGGUUCGGGAUUUUCUGUUUCCUCUUCGGCUAUUUCGCCUGGCUAGUCGAUGUGUGGGCGUGCAACCACUUGACCCGCAUCAGGGAGCUGGUUGGUGCGCCGGUCGCAUUUUUCUUUGAGCUGCAUGGAUGGUGGCACUUCUUCACGGCUAUCGGUGCCUAUGUCGCGGUCGCAGUGGUCGAUAUGAUCACCUCGGGUGAGGUGCACACCGACCCCACGCCCCAGCUCGCCUGGCCGGUCUCGCUUGCCGCCCGGCUC